AUGGCCGUUUUGGGUCACACGGUUCAGUUCUCAUUAUCCCCUGAGAUCAACAGCUGCAUCGUUACGCAGAGUGCGGUUACUACGGGGCUGAUAACAAUGGUAUGCUCGUUGCUGUUGGCCAUGUUGGCUGUUUGGGAAGCCAAGAAGGAUCUGAGGACUGGGCGGAUACGCUUGCCGUUUUCCAUUGGGCAGGAUGAAGAACGUGUUGGUGGGCAUGAAGGGGUGAAGGGCAGUGACAAUGAGGAAGGAGUCCCAAUCUCUGAAUCGUGGGGAAUAUGCAACGAAUGUUUCAUCAUUAAAUAAUACUAGAGCUCAAUCAUAAACAUGACCAUCUGUCCGUUCAUUUA